AUGGAGUCGAAAGUCACCCCACCUGAUGCCCAAUUGGCAGUCUCUGGAGGCCGCAGUCUCUGUAAACUUCUCGUAGAAAAUGAACACGAACGUGUUCGUCAAUUGCUCGAGAUAUCACCCGACCUCAUCAACACCCGCCACCCACUCGGCUGGGCACCCCUCCACACUGCCACGCUCAACUGCGACCCAGAGCUCCUCGCGUUUAUCCUCUCCCUCCCCGGGCUCGACGUCUCGGUAAAAGACCAAUCAACGUUCAACACCUCGUCCUCCGACGCAGAUAUACAGUGCCGCAAAGAAGAAUUAUGCCCAAAGAUUGUCGGUACAGAGUCCACGACCGGCGCGAGCGCGCUGCACUUUGCAUGCAUGCGCGGGGACGCUGCCGUGCUCGAUCUGUAUAUUGGGUCGACAACGGAUAUUUCUAAGGGGUUUGAUUGGCAGGACGAGAAAAAGAGACUCCCGAGGGAGUAUUUUGAUUUGGCCAGGGUUGAUAUAGAGGUAGUAAGAGCAUACCAUGAGGCGACCGUCCAGUGGAGGAUGCGAUACCGCUCGCUUGAGAGAAAAGUUGGAUCGAGGACUCAAAUAUACGUGAUAUAUGUAGAUAGCGCAGCGCUCUGCAGGGCAAUUUGCGAGCGCGAUUUAGAAUACUGUAAAGAGAUUAUCAACUCAAACAAGAGUCUCGCCAUUACAAGGAGCCGUGGCAUAUACGGCCGAAUCUCGUCAAUCAUUAAGUCCCUCAAACCGGCCUCUAUAGAUCUACACAGUAUCACCUCCGCCAAUCCGUACUCCGAUGACGAUAGCCAACCUCUCCACCUCGCUUGUCUCGUGGGCGAGAUGAGCGUUGUUGAGCUGAUCCUGCAGGCAGGCGGAGAUUGGGAAAGAAAGGACGACAAUAACAUGCUUCCCGAGGAAUACGUGAAGGUGCAUGGUAGUGUCCACAUGGAAGAGUUUAGAGCGCUAUGUGCUGAGGAGAAGGAGAGAAGGGACAAGAAGGUGCAGCAGCGCAAGGCGGAGGAGGCGAAGGAAAAGGAGGCAAAAGAAAAAGAGGAAAAGAGAAAAUUGGACGAACAGCUUGAGGCUUUGGUGUGUAUGGGAGAGCUUAUGGAUGAUUUACAACAUGAGAGAGAGCGGGACUUGGAGGGUCUGUCAGAUGAGAAGGCAAGGAAGCGCGCGGAGCGUGCCUCCAAAGCUCAGAAACGCUGUAACAAGGCUGAGCGGAAGAAGACUGCAAAGGCAGAGAAAGAAAAAAAGCGAAAGCAAAUCGCGGAGGACAAAUACCGCAUGCGACAUCUCGAGAUAGAGAGAUCUAUAGGUGCAAAUGUGGUAGGACAGCGGGGGCCCAUCCGAAGUAUAGCUUCGGCCUUACGAUUGCGGGAGAACGGGUGGGUCGACCCCGAGCGUCCGCUGGUCCUGAUGUUUCUAGGGAGCUCAGGGAUUGGCAAGACGGAAAUUGCAAAGCGCAUUGCGCUAUAUCUGCACAACGACGCAUUGAAGACAGCGGUUAGGGAUAAGGCUAAUGGUAGAUCGUCAAGGGAUAAUGAUUCCGAGAGUGGUGAUGAUAGCGAUGAAGAUGGGAACAACAAUAGAGACGCUUCAAAAGACGGUGGGAAGGAGGGGAAGAAGGAGAGGAAGAUCACACUUAGGGAUAUUGAGAAGUCAGGAACGUUUGUGCGCAUUGACAUGUCGGAGUACCAACAUAGCCACACAGUGGCCAACUUAACAGGAUCUCCCAAGGGCUAUGUCGGUUACGAAGGUGGAGGCAACCUAACAAACCAGCUAAGAAAAAAUCCCCGGGCCGUCGUCCUCUUUGAUGAGAUCGAGAAAGCUCAUCCGGAUGUGCUGACCGUGUUCCUCCAGCUCUUCGACGACGCGCGAAUUACUGAUCCAAAGCAUGGUACAAUCCACUGCCCUGACGCUGUCUUCAUUAUGACGUCUAACCUAGGGUCGGAAGAGAUCCGCCAGGCCGCGCCUGGUCUACACAAACUGGUUGAACGCACCGAGGCCGUGGACAUGCACACACAGUACCUCAAUGGGAUAGCCAACUUCAACAAAACACUGUACCCCGUGCUCAAGAAGACGUUGAAGCGGGAUGAAUUCCUUGGUCGAAUCAACCAGAUGGUGGUAUUUCUUCCGUUUACAGAGAACGAGAUUCGGAAGAUAGUGAGAGUUGAACUGGAUAAAUGGAAAAAACGUGCUCACGAGCACCAUGGUAUCCGUCUCUCGUGGACACCUGAAGUUAUUGCUAAGCUAGCUCAAGGCUAUGAUGAGAACUACGGGGCACGUUCCGUGUCAAAUGAAGUAAAAUCAUGUGCGAUCCAGGUAAUAGCUGAAUCCCAAAUUCGAGGAAAUAUCAAAAAGAACUGUAACGUCCGACUGGUUAUAAACGACACUGGUAACAUAGAUCUACGGAGAGAAGAUCAACAUGUAGCAGCGCCACCCUCUGAUAGUAUUUCUGCUGGAGAUACAGCUGCUUAG